AUGGCAUCGGCAUCAGAUAGCUCGAUCGAGCUAAGGGAGAUGCUUGAUCCAACUCCACCUCAUACUGGAGAUGCAUCAACUCUUGGCGACUCUCCCAUGGCAUUCAUCGAACAGGACGAUGUUGAGACCCUUACCAAAAUAGCAACUCAACGGUCACGCCAACAAUCGACUGCCGGAACAAACCUAACAGUCCUCGCUGAACAAGAUCCAGCUCUCGAUCCUCAGUCUGGCAAGUUCGACUUGCAAAAAUGGCUCAAACUGGCUUUCACCGAUAUUAGCCGAGAUGGCCGAGCGGGACACUCAUCGGACGUUAUUUUUAAAAAACUGAAUAUAUACGGAUCGGGUGCUGCGCUGCAGUACCAAAAUACAGUCACAUCGACCCUAACUGCCCUCGUUCGGGUGCCCCAAAUCAUUCGUGAAUCACGCUCUCCCCCAAGGCGAAUCCUCAAGGACUUCAACGGUCUCUUGAAAAGUGGUGAGCUGUUGCUUGUGCUUGGUCGGCCAGGUGCCGGCUGUAGUACGCUCUUGAAGUCCAUGACUGGAGAGCUCCACGGUUUGGAUAUGGAUAAGGAGAGCGUCAUCCAUUACAAUGGUAAGACUCGAGCUCCAAAAUUCUAG